GUGACUCGAUAGCGUCCUUAUUGGAGUUUUCGGGGCAGAGUUUCGUUCGAAUUUAAAGGUCCGGCCACGGAUCGCGAGGCUGUUAUGCCGAACUUGCGGUAAGCGAGGGUGUGCAUGCGUCUUCCCCGGCUCCAAGGGCGGUGUAUAAGGAAGUCUCUGAGCGAUAAAGCAGAGAGUUAGAAAUGGAUCCUGCAACGGUGAUAGCUCUCUGUAAGGAGAACAUCCAGCCUUUAAGGUACGGGCGGAAUGCCACUCAACUGGGAACUGCAUUGAGGGCACAAGAGGACAUGGAUGCACAGCAGCUGUUGCUGCAGGAGAAACAAAUGCACGAGGAUGCGAUUAAGAAUUACGAAGGGGAGGAUCCUUUAGAGAAUUGGUAUGAGUAUAUUCUCUGGGUGGAACAGAGUUACCCAAAAAAUGGACAUGAAUCCCACAUUGGGAGACUCUUGCAGCAGUGUUUAGCGACAUUUGAAAAGGAUGUAAAAUAUCAUCAAGAUCGCAGAUAUAUACGUUUGUGGAUUAAUUAUAUAAGUAUGCAAAAGAAUCCUUUGGAGUUGUAUCAGCUGUUGCAUAACACUGGUAUCGGAACCAGAGUAGCAGACAUGUACAGGGCUUGGGCUUUCGAAUUAGAGCAAAUUGAGGAUGACAAACGUGCGGAUGAAGUUUACUUAAUGGGACUAUCUGUUCAUGCAGAACCAUUCGAGGAAUUAAGCCAUGCUCAUCAAAAUUUUCAAUUUGCUGUUGCGCGCAAGACACUUGGGCGUAUCGAAGAAAGAAAUGACGUUUCCUUGUACGAGCAACGUCAGGCUUUCAGUUCUUUAAGGGCGAUAAGAGCUGGUAAAAGAGUUGGCACAGUACGUACAGGUCACCGUGUACGCGAUUAUUAUCCUGGGACUGUACCUCAAAUCUCAUCUAUGCAGAAUACAAAGCCCAAUUCUAAAAUACAAGUAUAUCAAGAUGACAUACCUGGAGAAAUGAAGACUUCGAUAUUAGAUCAUGUACCUAUAGAAGAUAUGGUACAUAAAGAAAAUACCAUCAGGCCUGGACCAUGGAAUAAUGGGAGUAAGAGAGGUCCAUUAAUAGCUCCUACUAUAAAGGCGGGCUUUAAGAUUCAUGAAGAUCAGAAUGAUGACAUGGAAAAAGUUAAAUUAUUCCCCAAUCAUGUACCAUUUUUCGACGGUAGUAAAUGUCAUGAUGGUUUAAGAGUGCCGGUAUAUGUAGCGGAUCCAAUAGAUCCAAAUAUUGUACAAAAACCACAUUAUCCCAAAGAGUUAGUUUAUGCCGAUAAUGUUGAUCGUAGUAUGGAAGAAAUUAGAGCACAGCUUUAUUUAGAAAGAAGAGCACAAUUUCUGGAAAAUAAGCGUGAAAUGUCGAUGGUAUGUUUACGUGAGACCGAUGGAGAAUCGCAACUUAACAAUUUUGAGAACAUGUAUCAUCUUCGAGAAAUAGAAGAGCAGAAACUCAAUCAGCAAAGAAGAGAAGCUGAAAUCAGUAGGCAAAGACUUCAAGAGCAACAAGAAUUGCAAAGGCAAUACGAAGUUGAGAAUCAGGUUUUAGAGACUCAACGACAGGAAGCUGAACAAAGAGAAAGGGAAUUGAGGGAGAGAUUAGAAGCCGAAAGAAUUGAAGCUGAGAGAAUUGAAGCCGAGAGACUCGAAGCUGAAAGACUUGAAGCUGAGAGACUCGAAGCUGAGAGACUCGAAGCUGAGAGACUUGAAGCCGAAAGACUCGAAGCUGAGAGACUCGAAGUUGAGAGACUUGAAGCCGAGAGACUCGAAGCGCAACGAAUAGAAGCGGAAUUGAAUGCGCAACGGAAAUUACAGUCAACAAACUUUAUGCAUCAACAUCACACUUCGUCUUUGGCCGUUGAUACUGAGGAACAUUUGCUUGGGCAGAGUCUCACUGUAAACACGAAAGAAGCUAUUUCGGUUGUGCAAGAUUUAUGGCAAUCUCCAGAUGCGACCGCUGAUGUUUCGCGCUUUCGCAAUCCUCCCGUUAUACCUCGAAUGAUAGAUUCGAGAAAUAAAUUGCCGUUUGACAUACACAUGGAUAGCUCUAUGACUCAGCAUGCAUUGUCUGUUAAUAAACAUCACCAAGGAUACAACAUACAAGUUUAUAACGAUCAAGAAAAUCAUCAUCAAAGUUAUCAUACACAGCAUCAUACUUAUUCUGGUCAGGAUCAGCAUGUUGCAUAUGGGAAUCAUAAUUUACAAAACAGUUAUCACUAUCAGAUGCAGCAACAUCAUGAUCAUCAAGUACCACAACCUCGGCAGCAUCAUCCUCAGCAACAUCAGCAUCAUUCCCAACAUCAACAUCAUCCACAACAUCAGCAUCAUCAACAGUUUCCAUCACAUCAGCAAAUGCAUGCUGUGCAUCAUCAGUCUCUUUCUCAUCCCCAACAUUUACAAUCACCCCAAAUCAGCCAAAUGCCUCAUCAUCAAUCUCCGCACAUUCAACAUCAUCAACCUUCACACAAUCAUCACCAAUCUCCUCAUAAUCAGCAUCAUCAUCAUCAUCAGUCACCGCACAAUCAUCACCAAUCACCGCACAAUCAUCACCAGUCUCCGCACAAUCAUCACCAGUCACCGCACAAUCAUCAUCAGUCAUCGCACAACCAUCAUCAGUCACCGCAUAAUCAGUCUCAACAUAUUCUACAUUCUCAACAACAUAUGCAGUCCCACCCACAUAUGCAACAACAUAUGCAGCAUCCCGUUUACGGUAACAUGUUGCACAACGAUAUCAGCUAUCAACAAUAUCCAACAUCAAUGGAAGCUUCUUCUAUGCUACAGCAGAAUAUAGACUCGCAGAAACAAUUACAUUUCUCUCCUUAUACCGAUCCUAAUAUUGAAACGAGUAAACCAUACAGAAUGCCGCCCGAGUUACCCUACAUCAAAUCGCCUGGAAUGAAUCGUAAAGAUAUCAAAUAUCUUGAAAGCGCGGAAGAUAAAGAGAACGCUAUUGUUGUGGAUUAUAAUGGCCCACUUGAAGAAAAUAUGAUACCUAAACCGGAUGAGAAUAAUCUUUAUAUUGACGAGAGUUUGGGUAUAACUCCUUUGUCGACUGCUAAUGAGACGUGUUUUACAGAAGCCUUUAAUACACCAUUAACAAGUUCUACUCCAAUGACUAAUCAUUUCAAGCCAUUGACAUCAUACAGGAUAAAAGAUGACUCACAAUUUUCAAAUCAGAAUACUGUGUCCCAGCCAGUUGCAGAAGCAGUACCUAAUGCCGAAGGUGGUGAUAAAUUAAGCGUGAUAUUAGAAUCUACACGAGAAUAUGUAUCAAGCAGUUCAGCGAGUAGUAAUUAUACAACCAAAACAACUGGACUAACUUUUGCAUUAACGAGAGAAGAUAUGAUUCCUUUUAAAGAACAACCUGUAGAUACAAUUGUAGAAGAGGAGUCCAAUGAAUCCGUGCUGUCUGUGAAUCAACCUUAUGAACAAAAGCAGUAUGCGCAAAUCCAGGCUGUUCACGCUCAAAGUCCACGUACAGUACAACGACACGUUGAUCAAAUUACGUCCGAGAUAAAGAAUAAUUGCGAUUUAAGAAAAUCCAUCAAUUUAAAACUUAAUGAAGAGAACAAUUCUGAAAAAGUUGACACCAUGGAAUGCGAGGAGCAUGAACCCAUGGAACAAGUGGAGGAAGAGAGUUUCGUGCUCCCAUCGAGAGAUAUAAAUCCAUUUGAUAAAAAUUUAAUAGCUGGCCUGUUGAAAAACAUAAAGUUUCCACAACCCCAUCAUGCUGAUGGAUUUAAAAGAAUAGAUAUCAAUUUGAAUAAGCUUGUGCCUUCUACCAUGAUUACGCUUGACACCGAAGCAUAUGAUUUGGAAAAGUGCCUUGGGAAAGGAAUGUAUGGAACAGUUUUUAAAGCGGUCAAUUUGCAAACAAACGAGACUGUUGCUCUUAAAACGCAAAGACCUGCAUGGGUUUGGGAAUAUUAUAUCGUACGAGAAAUAAAAGCUCGUCUUACAAAUCCGCAUAUGUUGCGUGGUUUUAUGGAUGUAACAAUGGCAUACGUGGCCAACAAUGGAAGUAUACUAGUUUCAGAAUAUUCAAAGUUUGGAACGUUAUUAGCUGUGACCAAUCAGAUAAAAAUGUCCACUGGCAAACCUCUGAUGGAAGCUUUAACUAUUUUCUUUACAAUCGAGAUGCUUCAAAUCGUGGAGUACUUACAUAAAUGCCAAAUAAUACAUGGCGAUAUAAAGCCAGAUAAUUUUUUAUUAAUGCGACCACCUACGCAAGAUGUAAGGCCAACUAUACAACUGAUAGAUUUUGGAUGUAGCAUAGACAUGAAACUAUUACCAGAAAAUACAACGUUUACACAAGUUAUAAAAACUGAAGAUUUUACUUGUAUUGAAAUGCAAACUGGAAGACCAUGGACAUAUCAGACUGACUUAUAUUGUCUAGCGGCGACCAGUCACUGUUUAUUGUUCGGCAAUUACAUGAGAGUGUCUAAUGUAGCUGGCCGUUGGUUUAUUGCCUCGAAAUUGCCAAGGUACGCUAAGAAAGCCGCUUGGGAACAAUUUUUCACGGAACUAUUAAAUAUCGAAUCGUGCGAGAAAAUGCCUGAUUUAGCGAAAUUAAGGAAUAUGAUGGAGGAGACGCUGGCACAAAUACCGGAAGUGCAAACGAAAUUUCGAACUUUCGUCAAUAUCCUCAACAAACGAUAACGCUUGCUGUAUCUGAUGAUAUGUUCCAAUGUGUACACAUAUUUAGCAAAGAACCAACGUGUAAUAAGAAACAUUAAUGUUAUUGUGCUAUUUAUUAUAAAGAAGUUAAUACUACAGUGAGAUAAAUAUAUGUAUUUACAUAGUUAUGACAUACGAAAAUGCACUUUACGGCCUGCUUCGUGGAGGCUUUAUCGAUGUAUUCGUUGCUUGCACAUAAUCAACAUUAUUAGGACCAUUAUGCAACGAGUCUGACCCCUCCAAAAUGUUUCAGAAACUCAUGAGAUAUGCGGAGAUUUAUACGGUAGAUAUUUUGAAAAUGUACUUGUUAGCUCUCAAACAACAUAUGCGUUUACUAUAUACGUUAUGAAGGAAUGAUUGUACGAUUGUAUGAUUAAAAAAUCUUACAAAAAUUUAUGUAUGUAAAAAUGGAUAGUACAAUAUGCGUGUGAUACGGUAUGGAUCCAAUUUACAAGAUGACAUGCAGAAAUGGAUAAGUGCAUGCAUACUGAGUACUUGAGUACCUUGUAUAGAUAAUUAAUGUAUAUGUAAUCAUUGUAUAUUUAAAAUAGAUUUUGAUUAAGCCAUUCUGUUGUAAACAGGUUUUGUUGCUUUCUAAUAUUCUCUGAAAUGUAUGAAAAUAUACCGUGUCAAUGAUGUUAACCGAUUGUUUCAAACAUUCUUCCCAAAUACAUUAAUUAUGCAAAGCAGUGAAUUAGUUUUAUUACAAAGCGGCGGCACAUGACAACGUACAAUACAUAUAUGUAUAUGCGAUACAGUUUUAAUUUGGAUAUGUGCAGGCUUACUUUCGAGUGUCCACUAAACAGGCCUUUUUUGUAGUAUAUAUUUAAGUUAAGACUUUCUAAAUAUAGACAAAUGUGCACAUGA